UGACUCGUUUGGGGAAAGAAAAGACGAUGGUUCCUCUCAAGUUUCAGAAUCGGCCAGAAGGGUAGUGCAUGGUAUACUAUUACACUCGAUCAUCUUGGGCAAUUUCUAGGCGACAGUGAAACGGCAGAAAAAAGACGUUUCUAAUUUCUGCGUCCCAGGAAAUUGCUAAGGAUCAUCAAAUUUGGAUUGGAGUAUCUAAUCGGAAAUUAGAGUGAUGUUUACCUGCAGGUCUAGGCUGUUUCUUCUUCCUCCUAUACACAAAGAACACAAUGAUGCAGAGAAGCAACAAUAUAAAACCAGCUGCUGGAACAACAAUUCUUAUUAUGUAGAAUAUGAUGCCCUUGCCUGCACAAUUAAAAAAAAGAUGAAGGAUGCCGGCUUGAUGGGGUUUGCAGUGGUGUAUAGAAAGGCACUGUGUCGUACCUCAUCUGGCAAUUGGGCCUUAAAAACGCAAUCUUUGAAGAGUUUUGAUAAAAAUUCUGUAAAUGUCUUAAAAGGCCAAUCAAACAUUUCUCACAUGGUAGACCAAGUAUAUCAGGAGUGCAUUGAACAAGAGAAUAAAGUGUGCUAUAUGGUGGCAGGACAACUUCGGCUGUUGCAUAACCACUCCCGCUGUAGAACAAGGAAACAGGAGGAUUAUCCUCAUCCAAAGAGGCUUGGCACAAUUGGGGAUUGAUGUCAGCUCUGCAAUAGAACAUGCCAUAGACUUUAUCAGGGCUUUCACCAUGACUCGAGUUGGAGAAACUAGUCACGGAAGGUGCACCAAGAUCGUAAAGGACCUGGUAGAGGUUCUUCUUAUAUAUGCUCUCUUGUGUGUAAUUACCAUUUUCGGCACAACGGGUGGAGAAAUAUUUGGGCUGGGAGUCUGCAACAACAGUUUUCAGCAGUAGAAAAUGGAGGAAAAUUAUUUGGAGAGUUUUUGAGAUGUAGUCAAAUGGUGCCAUUGUUGCAGUAACUGCAUGUGGUGUUACUCUCUUCCUAGAAAAAUAUGUAGUUAUUAUGUGUAAUUUGGCCAGUUCAAAGCCAAGGUAUCUGAAAUUUUCUAUGAUGAAGAAAUAUGGUUUCUAUUGCGUAUUGAUAAACUUUAGACGAAUGAAAAUAUUAAUUUGUUGAAAAAACUUGUUUGAAACCAUCAAGUA